UCACUCGGGUGUCGCUUGACUCAAACACUAAAAGUUUAACUCGUUAUCCUUGUGUCUGAGACGUUUACUUUGAAACAGAAACACUUAACAGGAUCCUAAAAUCUUUGAAGAAUAUUCCGGUAAUCUUACUCGACGUUUUUAGAAGAGAGUUCCUAAAAAUAGCGACCUCAACAGUUGAACAUGGUCUAGUAUAAGUCGUGUGUAUACGUACCAGCCUUCCUCCAUGAAUGAACUAGAAAAUUAGUUUUCUGUUGUAAUUCACCUUCCCUUCCUGCCUAAGUUAAUGGUAUAGAAGCAUGUAGUAUUCUAUAAUUUGGUACUCAAGCACUUCAUAAACAAACCACGAACUGAACAAGUGAACUUUGUUCGCCAAAGAUGAACAUAAAGGAAUGCUUUUACGACACCAAUGGAGUCUGACUCGAGAAACUCGUUGAGAAUGUCAGAUGAAGAUGAAGAGGAGCUUAAAAACUAUGAGACAAGUAAAGGAGGCUCUGGAAAGAGAAGGACAACCAGGAAUGAAAGUGAGAAGCGACGCAGGGACAAACUAAAUAUCUACAUUAAUGAACUUGCUUCCAUGGUUCCAACAUGUGCUACUUCACAAAAGAAACUAGACAAAACAACUGUUCUAAAAAUGACAGUGAACUAUAUGAGGAUCCAUAAUGAUCUGACUAGCUCAGUAUUAGGUAAAGAAUAUGGCCUUCACAUGUCCUUUCUUUCAAGUGGUGAAAUUUCUUGUCUGUUGGACGAGUCUCUCAAUGGAUUUAUAUUUGUGCUUUCAAGAAUAGGUGAAAUCGUCUACAUGUCACAAAGCAUCACUCCACUGUUAGGUUAUGAAGUGGAUCAAAUCAUGGGUAGGAAUUUGAUAGACUUUGUUCAUCCAGAGGACAAAUCAAUAGUUUUGUAUGAACUGAGUGGAGACAACAAGGAUUGUAUAAUGCAGUCAGAUGUAAAUGGACUCCACAGAAUCAACAGCAAGCCAACAAGACACAGCUUUGAUGUUCGCAUUGAAUGUGUAUCUGACAAGCACUUCACUGACAACCAAGACCCAUAUGAAAUGGUUCACGUCCUUGGGUAUACAGACAUCUGGGAAACCAAGAAACAAUCACAAGAUACGAUUGUGAGUGGUUGCAACGCUGUUACUCGAAGGGAUCAACAAGGGCAAGCCUUUACUGAGAAAAAUCGCUGUCUAGUAGCAGUAGGAUGUUUGACACGACCAGGCCUCAAAAGGUUCGCAACUGUCAAUGAGAGUCCACCAGUUGAAUUUGAAUCCAGGCACACAAUGGAUGGAAAGUUCUUGUUCGUUGAUCCCAGAUCCAUCACCUUGACUGGUUUCUGGCCUUAUGAGCUGUUGGGAUCCUCUAUGUAUUCUUACAUUCAUCACGAAGACAUGCAGAUGCUCGCCUCUGUUCAUCAGCUAUUGUUAGAAUACGGUGAAUGCAAGACGGAACCUUAUCGGAUGCGAUCCAAGGGUGACCAGUGGUUAUGGAUGAAGAGUCGUAGCUUCAUCUCCUACAACCACUGGAACUCGAAACCCGAAUUUUUUUGCAGCACGAAUGUUGCCGUUUGUAACAAGGAUGGCAUGGAAAGUCUACGAGAGAGGAAAAAGGCCAGUCUGUGUAAUCCACUGCACACAAGCAUUGUCUCCAUCGGAAGCAACAGCAGCUUGUAUCCUUAUCAAAACCAGCAACAGACUAGUUUGAUGGUGCCCGGGUUGGAAGUCCAACARGAAAACGUGCCGGUUAAACGUAACGCAGCUUGCAAAGAGGUAGUGCCGGUAAUGAACGAUUUGUCAAGCAGCAAUGUGCCUCCUGUAAACAGUGCUAACUCAUUGGAUGGUAAGCACAUGUCUACUGUAGGAUCGGCCGAAAGCCAACGCCAGUCGUGUGAGGAUGAAGGAGACACGGAAAGCACCGAGUCAAUGGACUUAACGAUGUCUUUCGAAGAACUUGAAAACUUCAUCGAAGCACAGGGCCAACUACAUGACCAGUUAAUGACGAAACACACCCUACUGGAAGAGACCAUUACCAAGCAAAAACAACAACUACAGUCAGUUCAACAGCAAAUGCUACUAAACUUACAGGCUCAACUUACCAUUAAUCCCGGUGCAAAUCAGGAACUGUUCGAAGAACAAUUUAAAAGGACCAAGAAGGUCAGCGAGAUGCACGAAAGACAAGAAACUACGCAGAAAGAACUCGUACAGACAUUAAAAGAAAGACGAAGAAAAACUGAAAAACGCAACCAAAGACAAUUAAAAUAUUACCUUGAGAAAAGAAUGAAGGUAACGAACGACACUUCGUCUCAACCACAGGCAACCCAAGCCACCACACUAGACAUGAGAACAACUGUAGAAUCAGCUAAUAACAUUGUCAACGUCACCGUAUUAGAAGAAAAACGUUCAAUGAAUUCAGGUGCUUUGGUGCAUGAACAUUAUAAUUCAGCUGAAAUUCAGCGUCAGGGUGAAAAUAUUCGCGAACGAAAUGAAAAGGAAGCGCCAGUUCCGCUCUUAGCGCCGUCUCGAGGAACUGUCCAGUAUCCUAUGGUUUCUCGACAAGAYCCCAAACAGGCUAAUAUAUAUUACGCUUCGGACGGCCGUCAGCCAGUUGCUGACAGUCAGUUGUUUAGUACGGCAUCAGGAAUAGCAUCCUCGUUUAUUCCACAGCAGGAGGCUGCGUUUCGUGAUUUCCAGACUUCGCAGCAACCAGUCUACCCUAGUAUACAAGAACUUGUGCCUCAAAGAAGACAACAAAAUUUUGCCGCAUGUGUGGAGAAAACUAACUUGGCGAAUUCAUUCCCUACUGGUUUCAGUUCUGGAACAAGAGAACGGCCCCCAUCGACUCUAAGUAACAUUCAAAGUUUACUAACUGCUUCUUCGCAGAAUCCAGAGUCAAUGCAAAAGCUUUUGUCUGGCUUGAGUUCUCAACCCGAUGUUGCGCAAACGUUACUUGGUUUACUGAAACAAGCCCAAGCUUCUGGUUCUAGUGAGCAGGACUCAUUGUCAUUCGACCAAAGCUUGCAGAAAACUACGAAUCAUUUCAGUUCGGCUCUUGGAACCGAUGAACAUCGCAACGACAACUCUCAAACAAUGUCAUACCAAUUCGAAGACGUACAAGGCCUGCAGAAACAGCAACAGAGCUCCUUACGGGGAACAAGUACGGUAUAUGCAAGACGAAACGUUGGACAGCACAUUCAAAGUAGGACAAGAAGUUCGACUGCAUCGCAAUUCAGUACUUCUACUUGGUCUGGUUCGUCUGGUGAUCCAUCUGCAGUAGGAUCAUCAUUCCUUCAGCAUACUGGCCAAACGCCGCGAAACCAGGCCAUCGAAAGAAGGGUUAACGACAAACAAAAGGAAAAUAAGAAGGACUACUUCUCUAAUUUCUCAUCACAGGAAUUAGAGGCUAUGUUUUUAACUUCUUCGUCUAAAGCUCCUGACAGAACGACUGCGCAGUCAUCAAAUAGCAUCGAAGAAGCAAAACUACGAGAAGAACAGCUUCUGCAUAGUCCGUUGCUCAUUCAACAGCAGCAACUACUUCAGAUGCACCAGGAUCAACGUAGGCAGCUGUUAGUUCGACAACAAGAACAGUUAUUGAUGGUCAAUCAAAAAGACAACCAAACUCAACAGCAAAUGAAUGUUUCUUUUGCGGAAAACUCUCAACAAGGCUCUCUUCGGUCGUUACUCUCUGAUACAAACCAUCCAAGCACAUCUACGAGAGAGCAAGACCAGCAUGCAUCGGCAAGCAAUACUUCAGUAGCUCAACCGUCGGGUUCAUGGGAUUCCCUUUCUUCCAAUAACUUUGAACUAAACGAAGCAGAUGAACAAGUUCUCAACAUGCUCCUUGCUGAAUCGUCAAUGGACACUCUUCUUGAUCCAUCCCCGUGGCCUGAAACAGACAAUUUGCUAGAUUACUUGAACAUGAAUCCUGAUCUGACCUCUGAUUAAUCGGCAAAAAAAGAGGUUUGUUAGAUUAUUAGAUUGAUCAAAAUCAGAUCAGUUAUGUAUUUAAAAACGUCAUUUUCUUUAGCAAUAUUGCAACGUCAUUCUUUCAAGAAGAUGAAUGCUAUCGUAGGAAUUAUAUUACGUAGCGAUCAGUUUUGAACAACGAAAAGCAAGUUAACAGUAAAGAUUGCGUCGUUGAAUAGCAUAUAAACUGUUUUACAUGUAAAUACCUCCCUUGUAUCAUAAUUAUGAAUGGUUAUCAGCGACAAAAAAAGUAAAGCGGUUUGUAAUUCCACUACGUUUAAUAUGUAAUGUUUAGAAAAGCCAGACAUAAAUCAUUCAAUAAAGGAAAGUUUGAAAACAUUG